AUGGCCUCUGUAGCACGCACCGAACUCUCCAAAGCCGAGCACGACGAACUCAGCUGCGUUUUUGCUGCCUUAAUUCUUCAUGACGAAGGUGUAGAAAUCACAGCCGAAAAAAUACAGAAAUUAGUAUCAGCCUCAGGAAAUGAUAUUGAGAAAUAUUGGCCUCUUCUUUUCUCUAAUGCUCUUAAAGGACAAGAUGUAAGCAAACUUCUGAGCAAUCUAGGAAGCGGAAGCGCUGCAUCAGCACCAGCCUCUGCUCCUGCAACUUCAGGAGAAACCAAGACAGAGGAAAAGAAAGAAGAAAAGAAAGAAGAAGCUGAAGAAGAAGUCCUUGAUGGAGGUAUGGAUCUGUUUGGAGGAGAUGAAUGGUAA